GAAAAAUAGUGGGAAAAUAUUCAUAAUAUAUUGUUCUACAUUAUGCUGGAUAGAGUAAUAUUUUUUGGACUUCAACAUAUAGUUUAACGUGGGCUUUUUUAAGUGGUUAACUUUUAUUGGAGUGUGUUUAGAUACCAAACUCCACUUUUAGCGAGCUACGUAAGUAUUUCCACGAAAAAGCCCCGUCAAAGUGAAAUUGCGUUUCUUGCACAUUCCGUUGUGGGCUUGGUAGAAAAUCAGCUUCAAAGUUGUGCUGCAGCUCAGUAUUUUAAUAACUACAGUCAUGCGUCGAGCUGAAGAAAACAACGGCUUCGGACCGAUACCGAAACGAAGAAAUCAACACACACCAUUCUAUGCUUCAAUUGGUAUGAUAGUCGUCAUUAUUGUUGCAUUUACUUCCUACCAUAUCACUUCCUAUGGGGAUGAUAGAAACAGAGCGAUGCGUCAAUAUUCGUUUACAUUUUCCUCCGCUUAUCUCGCAUUCCUUGUGGGCGAACUUCUGAGACGAUGCUGUCUGUUUGCUGAAGAAUAUCGCCAUAUUGAAACACGUUACAAUGGCAGCUUGAAAAAAGCAAUACAGACCACGUUCUCGUUCGGCCAUAACAAUGUGUUGUUUGUGGCCAGCUUGCUUUUUUUCGUUGUCUUUGUGGCAUCAAAUGAUCCCAAUGGGUCAUCCUCAGUCAUCCAGGGAAAUUCAACUGCCGAACCUCACACAGAGAUGCGCCAAACCUCUGGGUGCCAGGGUUUGUGGGGGCAGUUCAUCAUCUCUGCACUGCUAACCCCGCUGGUUGUGCACUUGCUUGGUUUGCGUGAGCUUUCAAAAGUCGAGGAGUCACAGCUGAAUGAAAAAGAGAACAAGAAUGUUGCUGAUGGUCUAGCAUGGAGCUACUAUUUUGGAUACCUGAAGUUUGUGCUGCCAGAAUUAGAAAAGCAAAUUGAGAAAACAAGCAAAUUCCGCUCCAAAGAAAAGUUUGUCAAGAAAAUGUUUAUCCUUAUCCCAAGUAACUGCUUCUGGGAUGACAAGAUCCCAGGUUCAGACAAUGACCCACAGAAUCGGAUAACAUUUGAAGGAAACACCGAACCUCUUGAGAAGACCAGAGGUGGCGUCUUUCUGCGGCAUUACAAGCACAGUGUUUAUGAGAUCAAGGAUGGUGAAAAUGAACCAUGGUUUUGUAUCAUGGAGUAUGCCACACCAUUGCUGACCCUGUAUGACAUGUCAGUAGCUCAACCAGGAGAGCUGAGUCGUGAGGAGCGUGAUGCCCAAGUGGUGGUGUUUCUGCGUAAACUACAGGACAUUCUCGAGGGUGAUCGUGCAUGCCAAGGGAAAUAUGAGCUUGUUACCUUUUCGCCUGAUAGGGACCUUGCGGAUGUCAUGUUACGAAAACUAAAGGACUCUGAACUUGAAAUUGGAGGCUAGAAUGUAAUAAUUAUUGGGGACAGAUUUUAAACAUUAGGAUAGCACAUUAGGUGAGGUUUCAUAAAUAUUUAACCCAGAUAACUGUGUGUCAAUUUUACCCAUAAGAUAUAGUAAAAUCUGGCCCUAAUUUAUGACACAAAGUGUCUCUUGUCCACUAGCUCAAGACAAACAUAAAUUACCCUUUUUGGGAAGUCAUUCUUUAAAAUUUUUUAUAGGAGUGCUAUGAUUAAGUAUUGAGCCAUUGAGAGUGAGACUGCCUUUUAUCUAUUGCUGUAUGUAAUGCUUAGAUCAUGGUGUCCUAGAAAGAGGAAGUUAUGACGACUGCAAUUUUUUGCAGAAUUGUACCAUUAGAAUCUGGACUUAGGUACUAGAUGUCAGAAUGGAUAGAAAGAAGGGUCAAUCUCAGAAAUUUUAUGAUGGGUAGUUUUUUUACAUCUGAGAUCUUUCUUUCUUAUUUCCGCUGAAAUUAAGGACCUCUCAAAGUCCAAAAAUUGAAGUUUACAACAAAUUGACAAGGACAUUUGACCAUAUCUGCCAUCUUUCGUGUUUGCUGUUAAUAAGCUAAAAUUCUAGGACAAAACUAUUUGGUUGUGAAUGCGUUAAUUGUGACAAAAAAGACCACAACAACUACUGUUGUUGUACUAUAUGUAAACAUUAAUAUUAAUAUGUAAACAUUAAUAUUAGCACUAUGUAAAUCCUCAGGUCAGAUAUUCCAAGCUAAAGUGUGUGAUCACGCUACGUUGUGACUCUUAGUUCGUAGUAAACAUAUGGAUUUAAAAUAAGACUAUGAAAUAAAAUUCUAAAAAUCUCAA